AUGUCAUUAGAUGAAUCUGGUUCGCCAGAAAUCUUUAAGAGGGUUCCGAUCAGUUUCAUGUUCUUGAGUAAUUUCGAAAUGAAAAGGGGAAAUGAAACAGUUUGGUCCUGUAAAUGGUCUGAGACAAAUUGUGAUAUUGAUUUGGAAAACAUUGAGUUUAAAUCUUUACCAUCUGGGGUCCAUGGAGUUCCUGAUGAUGUAAUAAACUUUGCAGUUCCGAAGAGGGCUCGAGAUGACGAAUAUUAUUACGGCGUGGCUUUCUAUAAACAGAAUGGUCAAGAUAUUGCACAGAAAUCUGGUCAAGUGGAUAGGAAUCAAGUGAAGAUGUACGCUCUUGGGGUUAUAAUCGAUCCCAAAUUCAGUGCGCGUGGAAUACCAGAUGAUUUAGUUUCCAGCUGGUGGCCAACUCAAUUCAUUGGUGCAAAUGCAUAUGUUGAUGAUCUUCAGCAAUUAUUGACACAUUGGCUAGCAGAGGAGAAUUUUGAAAACUAUGAUCUAUUUGAAGAAUACUUCAAAUGUAAUAGCUUGAUAGAUGACGGCAAUGGAACAGCCAUGCCAUCAAGGUCUGCGAAAUUAGCCCAAGAGUUUUUGUCGCCAGAUGUUCCAAGAAGACUUGAGGAUGCUGGUAGACCUCAAAUGCUCGAAUAUUUGCCUUACUGGAUAAGGAAGUUAGGACCAUUGAUUUUUCCGGUAUGGAAGUCAUGCCUGCUAGGUGAAAGAAUACUGAUAAUAAAUCCACCAGGGGGAUCAUUCGAAGCUUGUAAUGCUUUGACCUACUGCUUGUCGCUCUUGUCUGCAGUACCGAAUGCUCUUCAAGUCAGUCGCCACGAGGACCGAUUUAUUAGACCACUGUUCACGAUAGGAAUAUCUGAUAUAGAUAGGAUGGCAUCAAAUGUUGCAAAAGCUUUGGAGAGAGAGGAGAAGCUUGCAGGCUUCGUAGCAUGCACCAGUGAUGAGAUUUUAACAUGUAAAACUGAGCUUUACGACAAGGUGUUGAGGAUUUCAAGUGGCCCGACAGAACAGGAUGACGAUGAUGUUUGCGGUCUGUUUACCAGCUCAGGAAUACCCAUUAAAGCCACUCCACAUGAUCUUGAAUGCUUACAAGCAUUCUAUCAGAGCUAUCUGGGCGAGCAAAUGUCUGAGGCUGAGAAGGUACGUCUCUCGCAGACAGUGGAACCCGUGUCCUGGACACAAUACCUCAUUGAUGAGUUUUACUGGUGGACCACUGCUGGGUAUGUGGCGCCCUUUUAUCACGAGCACAGGCAUCCUGAAAAGACUAUACCUGACGAUGAAGCUGAAAUGGUCUUAGAGAUUGUCGGAGAUUUCCACGGGAAAACUACUGGCAUAUACAACAGGUUAAAAGCGAUAAUUGAAUCUAAUGAGCUUCAGGGUCCAGAUGAACUGAUUUCCGUACCUUUCUCUGCUCUAAGUGAGAUGGAUCUUGAUUUUUUCAGUGCGCAGGAUCAAGAAUUGGUUAAAGCUUUGGCAUGGAAAUGGUUCGAAAGAGAGGUCAGAAUAACUGUAGACUAUUGUGAAGCGGUUUGUUAG